AUGCGCUUCCUUUGCCUCCACGGCGCAGGUACCAACGCCGAAAUCUUCGAGAUCCAAUCCGGUGGCAUCUCCUACGACCUCGCUAAAUAUGGCCAUACGUUUAAAUACUACGAUGGCUGCAUGGAAGCCGAAGUUGAGCCUCGUACAUCUCCCCCCGCCCUCCACACCAAAGAAAAGAUUCGGAAGCUAAAGGGCCUCUUUACUGGCCCCUUCUACAACCACUAUCCUCGUGACCGCGCACCGGGCGAAUAUCUCGCCCCCGCAAUGAAGCACGUCUACGAUAUCAUCGAGCGUGAGGGUCCUUUCGACGCCGUCAUGGGAUUCUCGCAAGGUGCUGCCCUGGCAUGCGCUAUGAUUGUACACCAUGCGAAGACACAUCAAGAGCCUCUGUUCAAGGUCGCCGUGUUUAUCUGCGGUGCUGCGCCGUUUGACAGCACGGGGAAUGAGGUCAUCCCUGACACUUCGGCUGAGGGCGAGUAUCCGGUCAAGAUCCCCACGGCAAAUAUUGUGGGAAAGCAGGAUGAGCUGUAUCCCUCUAGUAUGCAUUUGUCCAGGCUGUGUGAGCCGAGUAAGAUGAGCUUCCAUGAUCACGGGUCGAAGCAUAUGGUGCCGUUUGAUGUGGAGAAUACUAAUGCUAUGGUGGCUGCUAUUGAGGCUACGGUUCAGAAGGCUUUGAGGGGAGAGUAA